ACUGUUACUAAAGUUUUUACAAGAUGCAGAUGCUCAUUGUUGCUCACAUUCAUUACGUGUUCCUAAUACUUUGGCAGAGAGAGGUUGAGCUCAGCAGGCAACAGCACGCUGCUGAUUUGCAGGAGAAAAAUAGGCUUUCCCGAUUGUUGGAGCAUAAGAAUGCUUUCCUGGAAAGAGUUGUCCAACGUCGAGAAGCUGAGUUUAAUAGCCAAAAGAAAGAGAGGGCAGAAAGGAUUAAUCAGUUGAUUUCAAGAAAGCGUGCAAAGGAGACUCUGCUGAAAUUGAUGUAUUAUCUGUUUCCGGAGGAAGAGCGGAUCCAAAUGUUCCACGUAGUAGACGCUAGAAAACGUGAAGAGGAAGAGAGGCGGAAGAGGGAAGAUGCGGAGAUGAGACUAAAGCUCGACACACUUAAAGCUAAGCUCGACGCACUUAAAGCUAGCUAAGCAGCUGCAGGAGUUAAUUAAUGGAGAUUGAAAAGGAGAGGCUUGGUCUCCUAAAUAUUUGAAGCAUGGAUCCUGCUUUGCAUCAUUUCGAAGUCAUGUUUGAUCUAUGAGCCACAGUACUCCCAUACAUAACAUGAUGCUACUUGUUAUGGUAUUUUGAACGAUGAUGUUAGUAUUACUCAGGUAUAACAAAAUUUUAGUUUAGUUAUAUGUAGAUUUUGUUUGCUGCAAGGGAUGUAUUCAUUGCAAGCGACUUCUGCUUUUUCUGCAUGUUUCUUCGGUUUGUGUGUCGCUGUCGUGCGAUCAUCCUUGCACCUUUGCUGUCUUCUGUCAACUUCAUUUCAUUCCGGCGAAGUUAUCGUCAGCUCCGACGACGAGAGCGGCAAGAAGGGCGGCGAGGAGGAGAUCUACGUCGAGGAGUGGCAUAGCGUCUUCCCCAGUGAGGACGACGACGGCACCAGCCCGGACCCGGCUCUCACCGAGGGCGGUCACGAGGAAGAACUGGCUUGACCUCCACUUCGAUCAUGUUUAGUUUAAGUUUUUAGUGUAGUUUAGUUUUAGUUUAAAUUCAUGUUUAAUGUUUGA